AUGGAUGAAGAUCAACAAAACAUUCAUGUCCAAAGAACUAUGAAUGAACCGGAAGGAAGAGAAAUUUGUUACAUAAAGUGCGUUAUAAAGUCAGGUUGUCUCAAAUUUGAAUGGUCCAUUAUUACGCCAUCAACAUGGGACUGGAUCGGAUUGUAUGAGAAUAAUAGUAAAGAAAAUACGGAUUGGCUCACUGGACAUUGGUUUUAUAUCGCCAACCAUAGCCAUCGUGAAACUUUAACCGAUGGUCGAUAUUCUUUUACUGGCUCUUAUUGGAUUGGAACCGUAUCUAGUCAAAAUCAAAUCAGGUUAAACACAUACGAAUCUCAUAACGUGUAUAAAACUUAUGCACACAUGAAUGUACUCAGCCCAGAUUUUGCACAUUUUGACAAGUCUCGUGUACAUUAUGUCGAAAAAGGGUUGCAACACUUAUUUAGUCAUCACAAAACCGAUUGGGGAUUCGAUCGAGAUGACGACUGGAAUAGUCAAAAUCGUAAAAAACUUCUAGAAACCCUUCAAGCAUUUAUUGACAGAAAUGCAAAUGAUGUUAACCUUGGCACAUACAAAAAUCAAGUAUACGAAGACAUACUCGAACAAAUUGCCAAUUCUGAAGGCGAACGUGACGAUUUAGUUCUAGAAUAUUUAAGGAUCCAUCGUAAUGAUAGAAAUCGCUAUAGCGAAGAAGUAUAUAUUAAAAGUUCGGAAUUUUUUGGCCUUGCCGAAAGUUACAUUCCAUUGUCAUUCGAGGGAAGGGAUGAAAUUACUCCUGAAGACGAUUACGAACUUGAUUUUGAAAAGAUCAGGGAAAAGGCGGGAACAAUUCUGGGAGAAUUAGAAAAGAUUACACUUUAGAGAGUAAAUUUUAUAAUAAAUCGUAUCAAAGAUUCGUUAAUUUUCAUUUAAUUCUCUCUAUAAGAUGAAAAUUGGCGUUUUUUUUUUGGUUUUGCAUAGUUUCACAAUAAUUAAAUACUCUUUAAAUGGAAUAGAA